UAGGAAGGCGUUUUUACUCUUCCAGUUUCAGAUAUUUGCAGCAGUUCGAUCUGGAGGCGCUUAUACCAGCAGUAGCUUCUUGCCGCCGCUUCGCGCAGACAUCGUCCCUCCAAGUCAGCCAAGAAAUGAAAACCUCUGAAGCCUAAUGUGGAUGCUGUAGAGUGGGAAUCCCACCCAGCAGCGGUUGAAUCCGUCCAGAAGCGGACCUGGCAUGUCAGCGAAAUGAGUGCGAAGGCCACCAUGACUAACCAGGAGAAGUGGAUCACCCUCAGCCCCGCAGAAUUCUCUCAGCUACAGAAGUACGCCCAGUACUCCACAAAGAAGCUUAAGGAUGUUCUUGAGGAAUUCCAUGGUGCUGGUGUGCUUGUGAAAUACAACCCAGAGCAGAAGGAGGAUAUUCUCAGUCAACCAAUUGACUUUGAAGGCUUCAAACUGUUUAUGAAAACAUUCUUGGAAGCUGAGCUGCCCGAUGACUUCUGUCAGCAUCUGUUCCUGUCAUUCAAGAACAAAUCAUCUCUUCCGAGCCCCUCAUCACAGGCGAGAAAUUCCAGCAGUCCUUCACUCGAUGCGGGGGGACUUAAAAGCUCUGAAACAAAGAGUGAGCUGCAGAUUAUUCAAGAAACAUCAUCUCCUUCUGUAACAUCUUCCCUUGCCAGCACUGAUGGGUCAGACGUGGUUCAGCUGAAGGAUAUAGUUUGCUACUUGUCGUUACUGGAGGGAGGUCGGCCGGAGGACAAGUUAGAAUUCAUGUUUCGUCUUUAUGACACUGAUGGAAAUGGGUCGCUAGAUAGCUCGGAACUUGACCAGAUCAUCAGUCAAAUGAUGCAUGUUGCUGAAUAUCUACAAUGGGAUGUGACCGAGCUCAAACCUAUUCUUCAGGAGAUGAUGGAGGAGAUAGAUUAUGAUCAUGAUGGCACGGUGUCUCUGGAAGAAUGGAUUCAGGGAGGAAUGACAACAAUCCCACUCCUGGUUCUCUUGGGUCUGGAAACGAAUGUGAAAGAUGAUGGGCAACACGUGUGGAGACUGAAACACUUCAACAAACCCGCCUAUUGCAAUCUCUGCUUGAACAUGCUGAUUGGUCUUGGCAAGCAAGGCCUCUGCUGUUCCUUCUGCAAGUAUACAGUUCAUGAACGGUGUGUGUCCAGAGCUCUUCCCUCCUGCAUCAACACCUAUGUCAAGUCAAAAAAGAAUGCAACUGUAAUGCAUCACUUCUGGGUGGAAGGAAACUGUCCAAAGAAAUGUGACAAAUGCCAUAAAACCAUCAAGUGUUAUCAGGGUCUUACAGGCCUUCAUUGUGUAUGGUGUCAAAUCACUCUACACAACAAGUGUGCAUCCCACAUGAAACCGGAAUGUGACUUUGGACCACUGAAAGAUCAUAUCUUACCCCCAGCUUCGAUUUGUCCCAUUGUAUUGGAUAGGCAAACCACUGUGAAAAGAAGAGAUGAUAAUUCCCUGCAAACAAAAAAGUCAGAGGAGCGCACCAAGAUACAACGAGCUAACUCUGUCACUGUUGACGGGCAGGGUUUGCAGAUCACGCCAGUUCCAGGCACACAUCCUCUUCUGGUGUUCGUCAAUCCCAAAAGUGGUGGGAAACAAGGAGAAAGAAUCUUCAGAAAAUUCCAGUUUCUUCUGAAUCCACGCCAGGUUUACAGUCUCGGUAGUAGUGGCCCAAUGCCAGGGUUAAAUUUUUUCCGAGAUGUUCCUGACUUUAGACUUCUGGCCUGUGGUGGAGAUGGAACAGUAGGAUGGAUCCUCGAUUGCAUAGACAAAGCAAAUUUGCCUCAGCAUCCUCCAGUGGCAGUUCUUCCACUUGGAACUGGCAAUGACUUGGCUCGGUGUCUUAGAUCAGGAGGAGGUUACGAAGGUGAGAGUCUGAUGAAGAUUAUCAAAGACAUUGAGAACUGCACAGUGGUCAUGCUGGACAGAUGGAAAAUUGAGGUGAUUCCCAAUAACAAGGAAGAAAAGGGAGACCCUGUGCCUUACAAUAUUAUCAACAACUACUUCUCUAUAGGGGUGGAUGCAUCGAUAGCCCACAGAUUCCAUAUCAUGCGGGAGAAACAUCCUGAGAAGUUCAACAGUCGAAUGAAGAACAAAUUCUGGUAUUUUGAAUUUGGGACAUCUGAAACAUUCUCUGCUACUUGCAAGAGACUACAUGAAUAUGUAGAGAUAGAGUGUGAUGGAAUUCUACUGGACUUGAGCAAUAUGCCCUUAGAAGGUAUAGCUGUUUUGAAUAUACCGAGCAUACAUGGUGGAUCGAACCUGUGGGGGGAGAGCAAAAAACGACGCAGUUAUCAUCGAACCAGCAAAAAGGUGCCAGAUAAGCGGACAGUUAUAGAUGCCAAAGAGCUGAAAUACUGUGUUCAAGAUGUAAGUGACCAGUUAGUUGAAGUAAUCGGUUUGGAAGGGGCCAUGGAAAUGGGACAGAUCUACACUGGGUUAAAAAGUGCAGGGAAAAGGCUGGCACAAUGCUCCUUGGUAACUAUCAGAACCAGCAAGUUCCUACCAAUGCAGAUUGAUGGAGAACCUUGGAUGCAAACCCCUUGCACGAUUACAAUAAAUCAUAAGAACCAAGCCCCAAUGCUGAGGGCACCACCUCCCAAGAGUGGCUUUGUCUCUUCAAUCAUCAAGAGGACUAGGAGUUAAGACACAAGGAAGAAAAAAAACUAUGUGCAUUUUUCUCUUCAAAUGAGAACAAGGAAUUACAAACAAGUUGCACUCUCUAAGAAUCACCCUCUGGUGGAAUCUUCCCAAUGAAAGCACAUAUUGGAAAUCUGGUUUUACCCAGUUCAGGGUCUUCCUGACCACUUAUAAUCAUAAUCACAAAGUCAGGUAAUACAUGACCAAAAUUACAUUAGGCAUCAUCAGCAGAUGAGGCUUUCCCUAACUGCAAAGGUAGAAAAGCAACCCUCUUCCCCAACUAAAUUACUGUAGACCAUGUACUUGCACAGUUGUCAUUUCUAUGAUUGAAUAUAAGAAUUGUCAUGAAAGCUUUGUUGGAACAUAUGGCGUUGGUCUGCAGUUUAUGGAUGACAAGCAUUUAUCUUCUACUGCAGAUUUACCCUCCGAGCUUUAACCUUUUGGCAAAUGUUAAGGAGUCAAUUUUUGCCUCAGAGCUAUUCACUUUGAAUAAGCUUUCCUGUCAUUGGGACAGAGGGUUAAAGUGACAGCAAUUAAAGAUAUUAAACUUUAAUACAGAGCAAACCCAAACAGAGCAUUUAAUGUCACAUUAGAAACAUUUAUAGGGAAUUCCUUGUCCUCUAUUGAAACUAAAAUGUUAACAAUGUCUUUAAUAUCACAAGAAUUUCAUACAGAAUAUAUCAGAGAACUUAUUACUGGUGUAAUGCAGCAGGAUUUCAAUCCUAUUAUCAGAUGUACAAAAUGUGAUGGAAAGUUACUUUUGAAGCAGUUUGUCAGAUCCCAGCUUUUCCUGCCAUAUAACAGAGGGGGCUGGAGACUUGGGUGGGCAGGUGCUCUUUUGUUUCUCCCACCAAAUUUGCUCAAAUACUAUUGCAAAUGACUGAAAUUGUGUGCACAAUAUAAAAGCUGGCAGUGCAGCUGAAUUCUCUGCCAGUGAUUCUGUACUUCUGACUUUUCCCACACAACAUACCAUUCAGCAGAAUGGUUUACAAGAAGUCAAGGGUAAAGAGGCUGCAAGAAUCUGCAAUUCAGGUAAUAAAUGGAUCUUUGUGUUAUGUUUCCAGUGUCUUGUGCUCCAUGGAAGUAGGACAAACUCAUAACAUUGCCCAGAAGAUCUUUUUAAGUGGCUAACUUUACAAGGAACCUGUUUCCUGCCAGACUUUUGUUAAAUGCUCUUAGCUGGGCCAAGCGAUUCAUCAGAAGUGAACAGGAGAAAUCCACUUCACUAGCCUACAUGGUUAUGCCUUUAUUCCCAUUGCCCCUUGAUUUAGCACAACAGCUGAGAAUCAAUUCAAUUUACCAAACCAAAAUUGAUAGUCAUAUUACAGAGAGAAACCUUGGCUCAGAAAUCCUUGUUGCUCUGAAAAGGACAUUGAGCAUGUUGUGCAUGCAGGCCAGUCUGUGUUUUUUGAGACGGCCUGCAGUUACAAAGUUCUGUUUUGGCACUGUAUGCAGUAGCAUGGGUUUUGCAUGUCUGACUCCCUCAAAGGCCUUUUCCUUUCUAGAACGGUGGAGCAAAUGUAAAAUAAAAUGGUUGGGUCACAGGCCAAAAGGACUUGGUGGAAUAAGGUCCAUGUGGGGUUUAAGGGACAGGCAUUGCUAUCAGCUGCAGAGGUUAGGCUGGAUUCAGUUGAGGUGGGUAUUAAGAAUGAUGUGCUGUGGGAAAAAAUCUGGGGCGGGGGCUGAAAGAUAAAGGAUUGAGGGAAAUGUGCAACAUCAGGCUUGUUUUUAUGCUUCAAGGUCUACAAAUAGUUCAAGUACCAAACUAGCAAAACAAAGUAGAUUUCAAUUAAACUUGGCUUCACAGCCUUUGUGAAGGCUCACUUCUGCAUGGGUAAUCCUUGGUGCCUGCACAGCAGUGUCCAAUGACAUGCAGGGCACAUCUGGUUGCCACUUCUGCAAAUUCCAUUUUUACAUAUGUGGCUUAUGGAUGUGCGGAAGCAGCCUUUCACAAUAAACGACUGGCUGACACUGGGGAAACAUUUUUUUUGUUUAUGGAUAAAUUAGGCAGGUAUAAUAUGACAGAAUAAAUGCCACACAUUCAGGUCUGUUCUGUGUGCUGCUUUCUGCAUUUUCAUGUACAAGCAGCACUGAGGGAGAAUGAUCUUGGUAUCUUGACAACUUGGUCAAUAUUUUAUGAUCAGUGCCCCUACAGUAAAUCAAUUAUUCAACUAAAAUUAUAAUUGGAAUAUUCAGAUUUGUUUAUAAAUUUGUUUUCUUUUCCAUGGCAAGUGUCUAAGUGGGAGAUGAAAGCAGAUUCAAUGAUGAUAAAUUUGAGACUGCAUAUGCUUGCAAAGACAAAAUAUAUACUAGGAUACAAAACUAAUUCAAAAAUUCAGUACUACAGAUUAAAUGAAUACUCUGUGAUUCACUGCAUUGUCUCCUAAGGAAAUAGCAAAGAUCACUGCUGCAAGGGAAUGUCUUAACUAAGAUAGCAGAAGAGUUUAAAAGGACUUCUCCUACGAUUUUGUAUAUAAUUUUUGCAUGUUACUAUGAGCAAAUUGCCAUUCUAAAUAUGUUAUGGUGACAUUAUGAUAUUUUACCAUCCAAUGUGGUGUUCUUAAAAUGCUUUAUUUUAAUCUCAGCAUGUUUGUUUGCUAAAUGCCACUUUGAAAGGGCACAAUUC